CACUAGUUAGUUCUGCGGAAUGUACAUUCGUGUUAAAUUUAUUUGAAUAUUUUUAUUUGUAAUAAAAUGCCGAAAGAUAAACAGCCUUUAAGUAGUCGGUUAAAACGUUUUGUGUCUGAGUUUGGUGCCUGUAAAUUUUCGACCGACGGUAAAGUCCUGUACUGUAAGUAUUGUGACGUUAAAAUAGGAAGUGAAAAACGAUUUAAUGUUACGCAACACAUUAAUACAGACAAACACAAAAAAUCAAUCAUGCGUAAAGAAAAAAACCAAAAUGUAUAUGAAUUGGGAAAAGUACAACAAUUGGUGAGUAAUUCUAAAAAAUCAUCUUUCAAUAAAGACUUAUGUUCUGCGAUGCUAUCAGCCAACAUACCUCUUAAUAAGCUAGGUAACAUUCAAUUUAAACAAUUUUUGGAAAAAUAUACGGGGAAACAAAUUCCGGCCAUUACUACUCUACGCAAAGGCUAUGUCGAUGAAAUUUAUUCUGAAACUAUGAAUAAAAUUAGAAAUGCUAUCACUGGUAAAAAGAUUUGGGUAUCGAUAGAUGAGACCACCGACUCAUUAGGCCGAUACAUCGCAAAUGUAGUAAUCGGUACUCUUGAAACCGAUGGUCCAGGCCAGACAUUUUUAUUGAAUUCCGAAGUACUGACCAAAGCUAAUCAUUCGACUAUUGCGAAAUUAUUUGAUAAUUCAAUGCAUCUAUUGUGGCCAGAAGAAGUGCGUUACGACGACGUUCUAUUGUUUUUAAGUGAUGCGGCGCCUUAUAUGGUGAAAUCCGGGAAGUCAAUUCAAGUAUUUUAUCCUAAAGUUAUUCACGUUACUUGUAUUGUGCACGGGCUUCAUCUUAUUGCUGAAAAAAUUCGUUCAAAUUAUUGCAAAGUCGAUAAGAUCAUCGCAAAUGUCAAAAAAGUAUUUUUGAAGGCGCUUUAUCGUGUUGCAAUAUUUUAAGACAAAGCGCCCAAUAUUCCACUACCACCAGCACCUAUUUUAACAAGAUGGGGGACGUGGAUAAGAGCCGCUGUUUAUUACUGUGAAUACCUUGAAAUUAUUAAAUCUAUUGUCGACGCUUUGGAUAAAGAAGACGCUAUUUAUAUUGCAAAAUCACAAAAGUAUUUUUCUGAAGCAAGCCUUGCAGCCAAUUUAGUAUUUAUCAAGUCACAUUUUGGAUUUUUACCUGAUACAAUUACCAGUCUUGAAACAAAAAAUAUUUUACUUAGUCAUGCAAUCGAUGCAGUGCAAAAUGUUAAUUUGAAAUUGAGUCAAGUCCCUGGUCCAAUUGGAAAAAUUGUUAAAGAAAAGAUGAAUGAUGUUCUGAAAAAAAAUAUUGGAUA